CGUAAUCAAGUGCGGCUACGUGACAUAUGGUGCAUAGUGACCCACGUAGCCGGAUUACUUCGGGAUCGAGGCCAUGAUUUCACAGGUCUCGAUGUAGCCCAUAUUUUCCCGCUUGGUAGUGUUGGUGAAAAGGUGCGUUGGUGGUCGAUUAUGGAACAAGACUUGAAGCUACUCACUUCACGUAAAUCGGCAGACACACCCGAGAACGCCAUUCUGCUUCGUUCAGAUAUUCACCACUGCUUCGAUGCGUAUCACUUUGCCAUCUAUGUGAGUCUGCCGUAG